AAUUUUCAAAAUUUAUGACAAAAGACUAUCCAUUUGAUGAUGAAACGGCUUCUAAUUUUGAUGAUAUUCAGGCGUAUUGGAAUUAUUCCGCAGGUGCUACAAAAGAAUUAGGCAUGCUUGCAAUCCGUUUAUUCUCUAUUUGUAUCAAUUCUGCAUCAUGUGAACGUCUAUUUUCGACAAUGGGGUUUUUUCAAAACUCACGGCGCACCAGAUUACCGAUUGAAAAAGUUUUUUCAAUGGCACAAAUGCGAGCUGAAAUUAAGUAUAAACGUACAAUUGAAGCAGCCAAAUCUUUAGAGCAAAACAUAUUAUCAAAUAUCAAUACUAUGUUUGGUUCUGAUGAUCGUAAACACAAACAAAUAAAUUCUGAUAAGCUUGUUGAACAAGGAAGUUCUAAUGUUGAACAAGAAA